GGUGACUUAUUGAUAAAGAAAUUGAACGACUCGGAGCCAUCGAGUGGGAAACUUUUCCCGAGUUCGGUUUUGUUCGGGACAAAGGAUUAUCUGGUAAGGAGACGGUUGGACGGAGGGCAGUAUAAGGAAGUUCAAUGGUUUGGGGAGAACUUUGGUCUGAGACAGUUCACAGUGGAAACUGAACAAACAAAUUCUGAGAUUCCAACUCUUCUAUCACUUUCACAUCCUAAUAUACUGCAAUAUCUGUGCGGAUUUGUUGAUGAGGAGAAGAAAGAGUACUUUCUUAUUAUGGAGUCGAUGACCAGGGAUCUUUCUUCCUACAUGAAGGAUAACAAUGGAGCCAGGAGAAGAGUCUUGUUUCCUCUGUAUGUUGUGGUUGAUAUCAUGCUUCAAAUUGCUAGAGGCAUGGAAUAUCUCCACUCCCGAAUGAUCUAUCAUGGAGAGUUAAACCCUUCCAAUGUGUUUAUGAAGCCAAGGAACUGUUCAGAAGGCUCCUACCUCGUUAAAGUCUGCGGUUUCGGUUUAUCGUCAGUCAAGAAUCCACCUCUCCGAAACUCAACGAACCAAAUAGAAACCAACCCUUUUAUCUGGCAUGCCCCGGAAGUUAUGGCGGAGCAAGAACGACAAGGUCCAGGAACAGGAACUGUUUCUUCUUGCAAGAAAACGGAGAAAGCAGAUGUUUACAGUUUUGGGAUGCUUUGUUUUGAGCUUUUGACUGGAAAAGUCCCAUUUGAGGACAGCCAUCUACAAGGGGAGAAGAUGAGCCGCAAUAUAAGAGCAGGGGAGAGACCCCUCUUCCCAUUUCCAACUCCAAAAUAUUUGGUGAGCCUAACCAAAAAAUGCUGGCAUUCUGACCCUUCUCAGCGGCUGUCUUUCUCUUCGAUUUGUCGAAUACUCCGUCAGGUGAAGAAAUUUCUCGCCAUGAACCCUGAAAGCGAUCAACCUGAUCUGCAAAUGCCUGCCGUUGAUUACUGUGAAAUCGAAGCGGGAGUUUUGAGGAACUUCUCCUCAGAUGGGGUUGGAGAUUUGUGUUCAGUCUCACAAAUUCCAUUCCAAAUGUUUGCUUACAGACUAGCAGAGAAGGAGAAGACAAAUCCAAGCAAAAUCAAGACUUGGGACUCAGCAAGUGAUGUGGUCUCCAUGAGCAAAGAUGAUUGUGCAUCCAUUUACAGAGAUGACACAGCUUCUGUAAUAGAAGAUCCUUUCACCAUCCCUGCAAGUGACACUAGGUCCCUUUAUUCUGAUAUGAGAUCUGUAUAUUCUGAAGCUCCAUCCAAGAAAAUGUCAGCCACAAAGAAACUUCCAGACACAAAGAUCAGAAAAGCCACAGGAACCCCGGAAACAAAAACACGAGUGGCUUCGCGAGCGACUACACGAGCUCGAAUAUUGAAGACUAACAAAGAUAUCCUGCUACCAUUUUCGAGCCCUUUGAGCAAGGGAAGAAGAAGACCAAAUGGCCAUGUCUCGGAUUCGGAAAUUCGCUAG